AUGGCGAACCAAGAAGCGACCAGUAGAUUGGAAACGUUGUCAACAGAACUUCUACAGCAGAUAGUAGUGCUUCUUCCAUGUCAAUCCGCCUUGAGCUUCGUGCUAUGUAGUCGAAGAAUUCGACAUGCAUGCGACCAGCUCAGACUUUGGCGACAAAUCGUUCAAUCAACCUCUGGGGAUAUUUUGUUUACGGGACCAACCGGGCGAGUAAAAGUCGCUAUUGCCGACAUCAAAUCACAUCACAUCAAGUAUGAGACAGAGUUACUUCAGUGGCUACCGCAAGCGAUAGCGCUAUAUGACCGACUUUAUUCGUGCACUAGCCUUCUUAAUCUUCAUUUUUUGUCUGAUCUAUCAUAUCAUUCUACUGGGCAACCCGUCUUCGGCAACAAGCUUCUAACUGUUUGGGACCAACCCCAGCGAGAGUACCCCACGGAUAUAGCCUCUCCAUUCAACAUUGAUACGUGGUAUGAGGCACAAGCUGCGAGCUUCUGCUUCACCACCACAAUAUUGUACAAAAACUCAUACACAGAAAACGCCAUAGGAAGCCCAUGGUCGCAUGCUCAAUACCUCCUAGAAACGAGUCCUUGGACCGAAAUACAAGCAACAGACCCAAUACUACAACCUGCCGAGUACCUCAAACUGACCACCAUACUUCACACGCUAGCGAAUAAAGUCAUCGGAUUUCUCGGUGCACGUCUAUGGGCAUAUCUCAUCAGACAUAAACCUGCCUUGACGGGGGUGUCUGGUCCUCCUGAACCGAAGAAAAUACCAUUCUCAACCCUCAUGGAUCUCCCCGACUUCUUCGAACCUAACAGUGUUCAGAAAUUCAGUCUCUGUCAUGUGGCAAAGAUGGCUGCGCCUAGCUUUUUCGAGCACAGCCAGUGGACUGGGUUCGAAUGUGAAAUGAAACAAGAGUCUGAAGAGAGCAUUACCACCUACAAAUGGAAUGGUAUAGGAGCGGAUACAAAUAACCUCACCCAGCAACGCCACACAGAAGUGAAUUGUUACGCAAAAUUCCAGCUGUCUCACUGUGAGGACUCGCGCUUCUACGUCUUGCAAUCGAACUGCUUUGUCAGUGGGCAAGAAACACACAAUCUUACCCUACGAGUUGACAGUCGAACAGGCAUGAUCUGGGUCAUCGACCAUAGUGACAUCAACAAUGUCCAAAAACCAGGCAAAUUCGGAGUCAUAACGCCGUUUGGACUGAUCUUUGGAGGGUCGAGCCCGGGGUACUGGCUUUGGUUGUGGAAAAGUGAGUGGAGUGGCUGGCAUCCAGGAAGUGCUGCUCACGAGGCGGUGCUUAAUGUGAACUUUUUUCCUAAUUUCAAUCCUUUUAUUGCAAAUGCGGUGAGAAAUCUAGCUGGAUUAGGUGGUCCCGCGGUGCAACAGCAAGACCCAGAUACUUCUUGA